AGCAUGCCUUCACAGUCAAAAAUGGAGGACAGAAGCGAGGAGUCGUUGGCUUUCUCUGUUCGGGUCUUCACCCUGCAGGAGGAUGUGAAGCCUGAAGAAGAUCACAUGGAGACUCAUGAGGAGGUGCUGGUCCAGGAUCGAGUGAGCGGGGAGCGGCGUGUCAGUGUGUGCAGACAGAGAGCUGAGCAGGAGCUCACCUUGCUUCUCAGCACAGGACUGGAGACUCAGCUUGUUACUGUGCAGGAUGGCAACAGAGCAUCAAUCUUCCAGUUUACAGUUUCCAAAGAAAUGGACUGCUGCCAGGUUGGAGGGCAGUCCUUCCUGAUUUCCACUGGCAAACUGAGUCUUCUGCUGCAGUUCAACAGUCCAACUGAUAUGAAGAAUUUCCAGCAGCUGUUAAAAACAGGGAAUGAUGAAGAGACAGAGAAAGGUUGCGCAGAAAGAGAUAAAAGAGGACGCAAGGAUACUGAGACCCAAAUACCUUCUUGGAGACAUCCGGCUAAGUUUGAAACAAGGACUGAAAACACCCCUACGCAGUGCUACCAAUUCCAUAGCUGUCUGUCCCAGCAGCAGAGCCUGCUUCAGGACUACCUGAGGACCGCUACUUAUCAGAGAGCAAUUUUAGUCAAUGAGACUGACUUCAGAGACAAGGUGGUUCUGGAUGUGUGUUGUGGUUCUGGUAUUCUGUCUUUCUUUGCCAUCCAGGCUGGAGCCACCAGAGUGUAUGCUGUUGAGUCCAGCCCCAUGGCCAAGUACACACAGAUCCUGGUCCAGAGUAACAGUUUGUCUGAGCGGAUCAGGGUCCUAGAGGGGGAGGUGGAAGAUGUCAUCUGUCCUGACAUGGUGGAUAUCAUCGUCUCCGAGCCAAUGGGUUAUAUGCUGCUCAAUGAGAGACUCAUGGAGAGCUUCCUGUACGCCAGGAAAUGGCUCAAACCCAACGGUCUGAUGUUUCCCUCCUGUGGUGAUAUUCAUCUGGCUCCCUUCAGCGAUGAGCAGCUUUACUUUGAGCACUACGCACGAGCCAGUUUCUGGCAGCAGAGAAGCUUCUAUGGUGUUAACCUAAGUGCUCUUCACAGUGCCGCAGUGGAUGAGUUUUUCAGGCAACCUAUAGUGGACACAUUUGAUGUUCAGAUCCUGAUGGCCAGGUCUGUCAAGCACUGCAUCAACUUCAUGGAGGCUAAAGAAGAGGAUUUGCAUAGAAUGGAGAUUCCCUUUGUAUUUACACUGCAGCAAUCUGGUCUGGUUCACGGACUCGCCUUCUGGUUUGAUGUGGCUUAUUUGGGAUCCAAGUCAGCGGUAUGGCUCUCCACAGCUCCUACUGAGCCCCUGACCCGCUGGCAUCAGGUCAGGUGUUUGCUUCAGACACCGCUCUUUGCCAAGCUGGGUCAAACCCUGUCCGGGACUGUCCUGCUGGCCUCUAACAACAGGCAGAGCUAUGACAUCCACAUCACAGCCACCGUCGACCAAUCAGGCUUCAAAUCUGGAAACAUCCUGGACCUCAAGGACCCUUUUUUCAGGAUGCCAUCCUGGUUCCAGAACUAGGGAGAUCCAGAACAUUGGUGGGGUACCAAUGGUUCAGGUCGGUGGCCUCUUUCUUCCAGGAUGCAAGUCUCUUUCAUCUCCAGAGGAACGGGAUAAGGAAUUGUCACGUUACACCUCCACACACGCCUGUGCUUUGACUUAUUUUUGUUAUUCUUUUAUACAUUUUGCCAACAGACAUUGGUGCAUGAAUGUAAACCUAAAGCAAAACUAAAAUAUAAACUUUAUACAGAUACACAUGUACACAAAUACAUGCAUGUAUUUAAUUUGCUGUAAUAAAAUGUUCACACUGAAUUCAGACUUUAUUUUCGCAUGCGUGGUAAAAAAAAAAAAAGUAAUGCAGCUGACCAAAUAAAAUUGAAUGUU